AUGUUGUUUAAAGCGGCAACAACUGCAGGACCAAUUUAUCUUGGUGGCGCAGUUUCGGCUGUGGAUAAUUAUCUGGCCACGAGCUCGGACACCAAGGUGAUUGUGUCUGAUCUAGCCAGCGGUGCGAUCAUUCACAAUAUCGAAGGGGAUGGAGAGCAGUUGACGGCAGUGAAGAUUACCCCCGACAAAUCGCUGUUAAUUACCGCUUCACGGUCUUUGCAAAUUCACAUUUACUCUUUGGAAUCCGGAAAACUCGUCAAAACAUUCCACAAGGCCCAUGAAUCGCACAUCAUGACUCUUGAAGUUGAUCCAACAUCGACCCUUUUGGCAAGCGGUGGUGCUGAGGGCGCAGUGAAGGUAUGGGAUAUCAGCGGUGGGUUUGUUACACACAACCUGAGAGGCCACGGUGGGAUCAUUACUUGCUUGAAAUUCUACGGAAAAUUAGGUGGAUCAGAUUGGAGGCUGGCGUCUGGAUCAGACGAUACCAAAGUUAGAGUUUGGGAUCUGGUCAAAUCCAAAUGCAUCAAAGUCCUUGAAAAUCAUAUGGAUGUCAUCAGAGGCCUCGCAUUCAACAGCACUGGCGAAAUCUUGUUGACGGCUGGCCGUGACAAGGUGGUCAGUAUUUGGAAGAACUUGGAACUCGCAGGCACUUUGGCGGUACUUGAUGAGGUCGAGGCUGUGGGAUUCACUGCGAGCGGAAUUUACACCGCAGUUACUCGGGGACUCAAACUCUGGUCGCUGUCCACCGAAAUGACCGCAGAAUGGAAUCUCUCUCAUGACGAGUCUGCGGUAACCGAUGCGGUUCGGAUUGAUGCCUCGCAUCUUUUGGUUGUGUUGUCUGACCAGACUCUGGUGGAUAUUCAGCUUGGCGACGGCAAGUCAAUCGAAGUGUCACGCUUCAUUGGUGGAAACCACGGUGAAAUUAUUGAUCUUGCCCCUGCUCGUUCCAUGUUGGCUGUAGCCACAAACUCCCAGGAUGUCCGGCUAGUGAGUCUUGACAAUCCCUUGGAAUUCCAGCCUUUGGUUGGCCACACCGAUAUUGUUUUGGCGGUUGAUGUGCUUGGGCAGUGGCUGGUUUCUGCUGGAAAAGACAAAAUGGCUAGACUGUGGGAUUUGAAAACCGGUGAAUGUAAGAUUGUGUUCAGCGGCCAUGCUGGCGCCGUCGGAGCUGUUGCGAUCUCUCGCGUAGGUAAAGUUCCCGACUUUGUGAUCACAGGGUCUCAAGAUCUCACUAUUAAAAAGUGGGACGCUUCUGGAAAUGCCGAGUACACUCGUAAAGCACACGACAAGGAUAUUAACAGCCUUGAUGUCUCUUCCAACAACUCUUUGUUUGUGACCGGAUCUCAGGACCGUACUGCCAAGGUGUGGAGUGUCGAGACCGGUGAGGUUCUAGGUGUUUUGCGAGGCCACCGACGAGGUAUCUGGAAUGUCAAAUUUGGCCCAGAAAACACUGUAGUCACUGCUUCUGGUGAUAAAACAGUGAGACAAUGGAGUUUGCAUGACUACACAUGCUUGAGAACCUUCGAAGGACAUCUUAAUUCCGUCUUGAAGGUUGUUAUUUAUGGUGAUUAUAUCGCGAGUGCCGGCGGAGAUGGACUGGUUAAAGUUUGGGACCCCAAGACCAACGAGGCGGUAUCUACUCUGGAUAAUCACGAAGAGAAGGUUUGGUCAUUAACGGUCGUGGACGGCCAACUUGUGUCUGGCGGCGGUGACGGUGUCAUAACCGUUUGGCAAGAUUACACCGAGGAAGAGCAAGCUCGGCAGGAACAGGAGCGAGAAGACCAGAUUGAAAAACAACAAGAACUAGAGAACAGUGUCAGAUCUGAGGAAUGGGAUCGGGCGAUCGCUCUUGCCCUCGAGCUUAACCACCCGUUCCGUCUUCUUAAAUUAUUUACAGAAGUUGCCAACCAUCAGGAAGCAGGAUCGGUUACUGGACUAAAUGACGUCGAUGAUGUUCUUGCUGAGCUCGACGAUGCCCGUCUAUACAAACUACUUGAGCGCUUACGGGACUGGAACACCAACGGCCGCACGAGCAUAAUUGCCCAAACGGUGCUCCAUUCGAUUCUGCGCAGGAAGGGCCCGCAGGAGCUAAGUCAAUCCAAAUACCUGGCCAUUUUCCGACAAAUCGCGCCAUAUACGCAAAGGCAUUUGAAUCGAAAUGAAGAGCUACUAGAAUCUAGCUACGCCGUCGACUAUGCUCUCAAGGAAAUGUCAGGACAUUUGUAA